CCGCCCCCCAAAAUCCAUCAGGUUCAACCAAAUAUAAGCCAGGCCACUGCCACUUCCUCAUUGCCACCACCUCCUCCUCCUGUGCCUGCCCCACCACCACCCCAGGCACCUCCAAAGCCUGUCAUGACAGCUCUCCUCCCACAGCCUAGUGGGAAGGCAGUGUCACCAGGGGUCACACAUGUCACCCCCCCUGUGCCAGCUCCCUUGCCCCUUGCAGUAAAAAAACAACCAAGUGUCACCUCUCCCCAGGUGCCUCCACUGCCCCCAGCCCUUCCUGGCCCCACUCCCCCCCCAACAUUUCCAAAGCAGCAGAGUUUCUCUGUGAAACCUCCUUCAUCCCCUCAGUCCCCAGUGCCAUCAGUGGUGAAACAGAUAGUUAGCCAGUUCCCACCUCCUCCUACCCUACCUGCCACUGAGCCCCAGCCUCUGAAGCCCCUUCCACUGAGCGUGGCUCCACAGUCGCCUCCAGCAGUGAAGGCAAAGCCCAAAUGGCAGCCCACUUCUGCUCCCUCACCAGAUUUUCCCCCUCCUCCACCAGAGAGCAGUUUAGUGUUUCCUCCUCCACCCCCUUCCCCAGCUUCCUCUGCAGGUUCUCCCCCCCCUGACAAAUCAGGGUCUCCAGUCAAAAAGACCAGCAAGACAUCAAGCCCUGGAGGGAAAAAACCACCUCCAACACCUCAGCGAAACUCCAGCAUCAAGUCCACCAGCUCCACCGAGUACCAGGAGUCCAAGAGACCUUCCGUGGACCGCCUUGUCAGCAAAUUUGCACACCCACCAGAGCCGUCAGGUUCUCCUUCCAAGGAGUCAUUGCCUCCAGCAGCCCCUCCAAAGCCAGGAAAGCUCAACCUUUCUGGGGUGAGCCUGCCCAUUGUCCUUCCACAAGGAGGGAUCCCGGCCAAGGCUGUUGCUCCAGGUGUGUCUGGGAAGGAACCUGUGGUCGAAUUCCCUUCACCACCCUCUGAUUCAGACUUCCCACCACCACCACCUGAAAUAGAUCUUCCUCUCCCACCAGUUGAGAUCCCAUCGGUGUUUUCAGGCAGCACCUCCCCAAAAGUCGCUGUUGUCAAUCCCCAGCCUCAGGUAUGGUCAAAACCAUCUGCAAAAAAAGCCCCACCACCCACACGUCCCAAGCGGAAUGACAGCACUCGACUGACGCAGGUGGAGGUCGCAGAGCCAGCAGGGUCAGUUGGUCUUCAAGUGCCCACUUCACCCAAGUCCAGCCUUAGUGUUCAGCCGGGAUUCCUGGCAGACCUCAACCGGACACUGCAGCGGAAAUCCAUCACUCGGCACGGCUCCCUCUCCUCCGCACGGAUGUCCAGAACAGAGCCCACAGCCACCAUGGACGACAUGGCCCUGCCUCCGCCUCCACCAGAGCUGCUGGCUGACCAGCAGAAGACAAACAGCUUUGGGGGCAGUCAUAUAUCUGGCUAUGCGACGUUACGGAGGGGGCCACCCCCGGCACCUCCCAAAAGGGAUCAGAACACCAAGCUGUCACGGGACUGGUAG